UACCGUCUUCUGGUAGAGGGUGGCUUUACGAAGUACUCGGCUAGAUACAUGGCCUUGACCAUACUACUAUAAUGUUUUAAUUUUAUGUCUUUUUUAAAGGAAUCCAAUGGCAUAUCAGUGUUAUGUUUUCGUAAACUUCAUCGCCGUUUUACCGUCUUCAACUGUUGUGGUCGUCAACAGAGGAGACGGCAGAUCGUAGUUGUGAUCCACUUGAUCUCUGCAGCUCAAUGUGAUAGUCAACAUGAGUGUGAAAUCCCAGCCUGGUGGGCUAUCAAGUUCAAAACUUAGGAAAACAACAGCCUCCAAAAUAUCAGAUGAUGGAUUGGAGGAAGAGAUGGAUGAGAAAGGAGUCAUCAAAAGGAAGUCUAGGAACUUAAGUGAAAAGAAACGACGCGACCAAUUCAACAUACUUAUCAAUGAGCUAUGUUCUAUGGUUUGUACUGGCAAAAGGAAAAUGGAUAAAUCUACUAUUCUAAAAUCUGCCAUAUCAUUUAUCCGUAAUCAUAAUCAAGCUACAAUGCAGUCUAAUUGCCAAGAAGCUGUUCAAGAAGAUUGGAAACCAUCAUUUUUGUCUAAUGAAGAAUUCACUCAUUUAAUGUUAGAGGCACUGGACGAAUUUAUUAUUGUGUUUUCCUCUACCGGGAAGAUCUUGUACGUUUCGGAAAACAUAACGUGCCUUUUGGGGCACAGUCCUAAUGACCUGAUAGGCUCAUCCCUUUCUGAUCUGGUCUGGGAGGAAGAAAAAAUUGUUGUAGAAUCUUUACUUGGCUCGUGGGGGGCUGAACAUGAAAACAGUCAAGGAACCGGGAAUAAGGAAAAUCAUAUUAGCUUAAGUUGCCAUCUACGUCGGGGAAAUAUUGUCGAUUCCAAUGCAGAAAGCUCCAGUUAUGAACUGGUGUUUUUCUCGGGUUAUUACCGUGUUCAAGGCAACCCUGACAUAUCUUCAAUGUCCCGAAUGUCGUCCUCCUGGGGAGAGGACAGCAAGGAAAGCACGAAUUUUGGCGAUGCAUUAUCGCAAUAUAACGGAUUGGUUUUCGUCGCCAGUGCUCGUUUACAGACCCCGCAGCUUUCAGUUGAAAUGUCUAUCGUAGAUGUUUCCAAAAGUGAAUUUACAUCGAGACACAGCUUAGAAUGGAAAUUUCUAUUUCUUGAUCAUCGGGGGCCUCCGAUCAUAGGUUAUCUUCCUUUUGAAGUUCUCGGAACAUCGGGGUACGAUUAUUACCACGUUGACGACCUCGAGAAAGUUUCUACGUGUCAUGAAGCCCUGAUGCAGAAGGGUGAAGUCACUUCGUGCUGUUACCGUUUUUUGACCAAAGGGCAACAGUGGAUUUGGUUGCAGACCAAAUAUUACAUCACAUAUCACCAAUGGUAUUCCAAACCGGAAUUUAUAGUCUGCUCGCAUCGAGUUAUAAGUCAUAGUCAAAUUAAUGGACACAUGCUAAGAGCAGAAAGUGCAGAAGGUGAUCGCAUUCCUUCGACGACCAAUGUAUCCAAACAGUUGAAAUCUGAAAAAGUGGGUUCAUAUCUAGGAAAAAAUGCAAAAUCUGAUGACAGGAAUGUUUUUCAAGAAGACACUAAAAAACAUCCGAAAAAAAACGUUUUUGGAAAUCAAUCAAAUCGAGAUCGUAUUAAAAGUAAUAGACAUGCUUUUACUCAGAGUGUACGGCAACAGCAAACAAAUUCUUCGUCAAGUGAUCUUCAGCCACCCGAGAGUCCAAGUGGAGAAUCGGCCAUACUGAGACCGCCGCCGUUACCUAUCGCUGAAUCCAUGUCGCAACAUGUGCGUCAUCCAUCUGGAUCAUCUCGCGUUGGAACUGCCUUAUCAGAUACUGGAUCCAUUUCUAGUUCAGGUUCAUUUCAAUCGGCCGCUUCCAUGCAGUCCGAUCAGUCAAUGCAUUCGAUACAUAGCCAUAACUCCAUGCAAUCUGUUCAUGGUCAACAAGCACACCAAGGAACGUCCUCGUUUCGUUCCGGCAACCAAUCAUGUUCUGUGCACAGCUGCGUUAAUACGAAUCAUAAUCAUCACAAUAAGCAACCAGUUCCACAGUUUCUUAGCCAACAUGGAAUUUCUUCUGCAAACAGCAUGCAAAUUAGCAAUUCAAAUCAGCAAAUUAACACCCAGUCAAGAAUGGGAGAAGUGCAGUCAAAUUUUUCGCCGUCAACUCCAAUUUCUUCAGCUGCGAUAUCAAAUGCUGGGCACAGAUUCCUGCAACCGCGUGUUAACAGCGGAUCUUCUGUGAGACGUGUUUUUUCGCCUGCUGGCGUCCCAGCUACAGCGGCAGCGGCUAAUCCAGUUUCAAAUAGUGGGUCAUCUUUUGCAUAUCAAUCGGUUGCGAUAGGAAUGGAGACACCUGGAGCCACGGUCCCUGUUCAAAGAAUCAUAGAGGGGGUACCUGUAGUGACCUUACCCGGCAUAGUCGCUCACGAGCCAAUCGUAAUGACGGCUGCUCAGAGAGAAUUCCACGAGCGUUUGAAAAUGAAGCACUUGGAAAUUCAGAAAUCGAUCCUGGCGCAGCAAGAAGAACUGCGACGUGUUGAGACGGAACUUCUACUAGCACAGUACGGAGCGUGGGGUCCUACCGUACUGAAGAUGACAGUUCCUUAUGCUGAUAAUGAUGGCACCUCUUCUGCCACACAGCCAACUGUUUUGAGUUCGGGCGAACUGGUGACCUGUUACACGACGGAAAAUACAAUACCUGUAGGUCAACAGUCUUCUGCCCAGGUUGGUAAUUCGGGUGCAGGGCAGAUGACAUUUUCUCCCGGCACGUCGAUUCUUGUCCAGAGUCCCCCUGAAAUUCAUGCGCGCAGUCCGGAAAGGGAUUUUCUUUCUCAUGAAAUUCAAAUAUUACUUGCUCAGAGCCUGCUACAAGACAAUACCGCAUCUACUGAAUACCUUCCGUGAAACGUAGUCUCGUCGGCUUCAGGGUCAAUCAAAAUGUUGUUAUUAAUUGGCGCGUUUCACGUCGAACGCGUUGCUAGUGUUGACCAAGUGACAUUGAUUGACAAUCACAUUUUGUGAUUUUAUGCUCGCCAUUGGUAGAGCAUUUAAAACUACUGCUAGAGAAUUUAACACACGGCUGAUAGACGGUGCGUUAGGUAGAAUGUUAUUUUCACAAUUUUAGAAAUGUCAGGUAUGUCGUUUUAAUUUUUAAAAUUUAUUUGUUAUUCAAGCUGGUGCUUCAAUAACAAAUGGAGAAUGUUAGGCCUAAUUUUUGUAUGUUAGAUGUUUUAUUUUAUUAUUUUUUAAAAAUUGUUUCUGUUGAAAUUAAAGUUUCACAAUUUGUGUUUUAAAGAAUAGUGGUCACGUAUGGGACACAUUGCCAUAUCUAGUUUUGGAAAAACAAAAAAAAAUCCAUUUGAUGUUAUACAUUUAUUUUGUCAACUGUUGUACCGGGCGAGAAAAGGGUACCGUGUUACAAUUCGUAGCUUGAAUAAGAGCUUUACUGUCAACGUGAGUCACGCUGUUGAUCCCCAAAUCAUUUAUCUGUAUAUAUAUAUAUAUUGGUGACAAAGAUAGAUAUAUUAUUCAUUGUUUCAAUUUUUGCGGAAAACAGACGUUCAAUU